AUGAAACAUGUGGCAUGUGAUAAUACAAUUGGACAAUUUAACCCUAUUGGAGAAAUUUCAGGAAAAAAAAAGAAUGAACAGAGCAAAAUCAAAUUUGUGCUGCCUCAAGUCUUGUUGUGUGAUGCUACUUCCAAUCAAGUUGUAGAAUGGUCUAUGAAACAGAAGGUACAGUUAGUGAAGCAGAAUGAAAGCCAACCUACUGAGAAGAAUCGAAUUAAGCAAAUAAAUAGUGAUAAAAAUGGAAUUCUUCAAUACUUAACAGCAAUUGACCCAUAUGACAUCAUAAUUUCAUUCUUUAUUGAUGUUACUCCAGUACCCACCCUUUCGACAACCCACGAUCAUUAUGGAAGAUCAU